AUGACGCUGAGGAGAAUUGUGCUGCUGGUGGUCCUCGGCGUGGAGCUGGCGGUCGGAGGAUGGGUCUACCUUGAGCCGGAGCAGAGUCUCAGGGUCCCCGAUGGGUGGACGCAGACAGAGCGCCUCUCGGGCGAUGAAUCGGUGAUCUUGACCUUCGCCCUCAAGCAGCAGAAUGUGGAGAAGUUACGGGAGCUGGUGGGGAGAGUGUCUGACCCAGAUUCACCCGAGUAUGGUCACUUCCUAUCCCUGGAGGAUCUUAGCGCUCUGGUGCGCCCCUCUCUGGAUACGUUGCGAACAGUCCGGACCUGGCUGGGGAAACAUGGCGUCCAGCAGUGUGACGGCGUGCAGACCGGAGACUUCCUGCAGUGCGAGAUGCCAGUCAGUACCGCAGAGGUUUUGCUCCCUGGGGCGAAGUUCCACCGUUACGUGAAUGGAGACAGCAGCGUGGUCAGAUCCGCCACCCGCUACUCGCUGACCCCGGAAUUGGCUGAACACAUAGACUUUGGUGAGUUGUGGAUUGGCGGUCUGAAACCUAAACCAGACCAGCCGUUAUUUCUGCAAUGCCGUGAAGGUUUUUAUCGGAUGAGUCUUGGGUCUUGGUACCCCAAUCUUUUCUGCCCGACUCAUAACCCUUUGUCUCUCCAUCUUCAGUUCCUAGAGCAAUACUUUAGCCAAGGCGACCUGUCGGCGUUCAUGAAGCUUUUCGGAGGAAGUUUUGAGCACCGCUCAGAGGUGGACCAUGUGGUGGGUGAGCAAGGUGCAGGCAGGGCUGGUCUGGAGGCCAGUCUGGAUGUGGAGUACAUCAUGAGCAUGGGGGCCAACAUCUCCACUUGGGUCUUUACAAAUCCUGGUCGCCAUGAGUCACAGGAACCGUUCCUAGAAUGGAUGUUGUUGCUGAGUAACAUGUCCUCCCUCCCGUGGGUUCACACCAUCAGCUAUGGGGAUGAUGAGGACAGUCUAUCGAUCGCCUACAUGCAAAGAAUCAACGUGGAGUUCAUGAAGGCCGGAGCCCGGGGCCUCACCAUACUCUUUGCUUCAGGUGAUGAUGGAGCCGGCUGCAGGCAAGUCGUUAAAGGCAAAAACGCCUUCCGACCAAGCUUUCCGGCCUCCAGCCCCUAUGUCACCACAGUGGGGGGAACGUCCUUCAAGAACCCCUUCCAGGUGACCUACGAGGUGACGGACUACAUUAGCGGUGGUGGAUUCAGCAAUGUCUUCCCGAUGCCGGAUUACCAGGUCUCCGCGGUAUCCCAAUUCCUGAAGUCUGGACAGAAGCUGCCGCCAGAGAGCUACUACAACCGCAGUGGCCGCGCAUAUCCGGACGUGGCCGCGCUCUCCGACAACUACUGGGUGGUGAUCAACCGCUUCCCCGUUCCGUGGGUGUCUGGCACCUCGGCCUCCACCCCGGUGUUCGGUGGCAUCCUCUCUCUGAUUAAUGACCAGCGCCUGAAGAGAGGCCGCUCUCCCCUGGGAUUCCUGAACCCGGCGUUGUACCGGCUCCAAGGGAACGGGAGGCUGGCGCUGUUCGAUGUCACCGAGGGCUGCCACUUGGCCUGUUUCGACGACCUCGUUCUAGGGCAAGGAUUUUGCGCCGGUCCGAGCUGGGAUCCGGUGACUGGAUGGUGGACCCCGAACUACCCGGAGUUGCUGAAAUCUUUGCUGCCGUAG